UUCUUCCAGCAAGGGCGAUGGGAGGAAUCUGUAUUGUACCCACAACGGGCUUCCGGGGUCUAUAAAAGCAACUCAGCAAGCUGACCCCUUGCGAACUGUUCUUAUCUCUGUGUGCUAUCCGACUCAAACACGCUUCCAACCUUUCGCCGCCUGUUCAAGAUGAAGACUAUCCUGCUUUCCCUUUCCGCCGUCGCCCUCCUGGCCAUCUCGGCUGUGGCCUCGCCAUUCCCUUCCCUGGAUCGCCGACAGAUCCAGUGGUGCAAAAGCGACAAUGACUGCUUCGAUGGUUCGUGGUGCAGUGCCAGUAAAUUCAACGGUCGCAGGGUUUGCGUUUGGGGAACAGAAGGGGCGUUCUGUGCGAGCGACGGCGACUGCCAGGGCGAACUUAUCUGCUAUCGCGGCGGCGGUCAUUCGAUGCCGAGCUGCCGCCCCGCAGGCUACCAGGAAAGGCCAGACACCGGUUCCGCCCCCUCACGCACCGGCUUGCCCGCCGCGGUUGUUCCUAUCAGUACCGCGGCCGCUGAAGCUUCCUAAAGUCGCCCGCAAAACACCAACGCUGAUAGCAACGCACAGCACUGCUGCCAUUUCGGUUACCUACAAAGCUUUGAGCCAGAGUGACGAGGACUGAAAGAUGAGAUGGUAUGCCUUACGACGCACAAUCGCGAG